AUGUUUAGAAAACCACGAUAAAUAGAAACUCAUUCACUACACUAUUCCAUUAGUUAAAGCGAAAUUAAAAGAUCUUCCUACUUUACUAACCUAUCUCAUAGAUAUAGAUCUUAGUCAAUUGAUCUCAGCAAUCAAAAAAUAAAAUAACCCAUUUUGUAGAUUAAAUCAAAAUCGAAACCAAGAAUGCAAAUCAAUCCUAUCAAAUUCCAGAUCUUCAAGUCCAACAAACCACUUACAGAGUUCAAAGAAUUCAAAUUGAGAACAGCUGACAGAUGCAAAAGCAGAGAAAAACUCAGAAUCAGGGAGUAAAACAAAGAGAAUAAAGAAAAUAUAUAUAUUUAAUAUAAUACAAAACUAUGA